AUGAUCCUCUCAAUUGGGGACUCCCUGCACCGAACAUCCCCGGCUGGCUGCCACCAGUACCAGCACCUGCACCAGUACCUGCACCCGCACCAGUACCUGCACCCGUACCCUUACCUGCACCGGCUCCAGUACCAGCUCCAGUACCAGCUCCAGUUCCAGCUCCAGUUCCAGCUCCAGUUCCAGCUCCAGUUCCAGCUCCAGUUCCAGCUCCAGUUCCAGCUCCAGUUCCAGCUCCAGUUCCAGCUCCAGUUCCAGCUCCAGUUCCAGCUCGCGCUCCAGCUCGCGCUCCAGCUCCAGCAUUACCACUAG